CCCCCUCCCCCGCCUGUCACACAUUUUCACCCCCCUCUCCCUCUCUUCUCUCUCUCUCCCUCUCUCAUUCGCUCAAACUCUCUCACUUUCCCUACCAGGCUUCACACAGGCUGCAGGAUGUCGAUAUUGAACAUUGUUGCUAGGGAAAUCCUGGAUUCCAGGGGAAACCCUACAGUAGAAGUGGAUUUGCAUACAGAAAAAGGCGUGUUCAGGGCAGCUGUUCCCAGCGGCGCCUCCACCGGCAUCUAUGAGGCCUUGGAGCUGAGAGACGGAGACAAGAACCGCUACAAGGGCAAAGGUGUGCUCAAGGCUGUUGGACACGUCAAUGACACCAUUGGGCCUGCCCUCAUCCAGUCAGGUAUUAAUGUCAUGGAGCAAGAGAAACUGGACAACAUGAUGAUCGAGAUGGACGGCACUGAGAACAAAUCUCAGUUUGGAGCCAACGCUAUUCUUGGUGUGUCCCUGGCCAUAUGCAAAGCUGGUGCCUCAGAGAAAGGUGUGCCCCUGUACCGUCAUAUUGCCGAUCUGGCAGGAAACACAGAGUUAGUUCUUCCUGUUCCUGCAUUUAAUGUGAUCAACGGAGGCUCCCAUGCUGGUAAUAAACUGGCCAUGCAGGAAUUUAUGGUACUUCCUGUUGGGGCGGAGUCUUUCCGUGAUGCCUUGCGUGUGGGGGCGGAGCUUUACCAAACGCUCAGGGGUGUCAUCAAAGAGAAGUACGGCCAGGAUGCGACCAACGUGGGGGACGAGGGGGGUUUUGCACCCAACAUCCUGGAGAACAGUGAAGCCCUGGAGCUCAUCAAGACGGCCAUAGAGAAGGCCGGCUUCACAGACAAGGUGGUGAUCGGGAUGGACGUGGCCGCCUCCGAGUUCUUCAUCGAGGGGAAGUACGACCUGGACUUCAAGUCGCCGCCCGACGCCCAACGCCUCAUCAGUGCUCAGGAGCUGUCUGACAUCUACCAGGGCUUCGUCAACAACUACCCAGUCGUGUCCAUUGAGGAUCCUUUCGACCAGGAUGACUGGCCAGCUUGGACCCAGCUCACAGCCUCAGUGGGCAUCCAGGUGGUGGGAGACGAUCUGACCGUCACCAACCCUCGCAGGAUAGAGCGCGCCCUGGAGGAGAGGGCCUGCAACUGUCUGCUGCUCAAAGUCAAUCAGAUAGGCACAGUCACAGAAUCCAUAAAGGCGUGUAAGCUGGCCCAGGAGAACGGCUGGGGGGUGAUGGUCAGUCAUCGCUCAGGAGAGACAGAAGACACCUUCAUCGCUGACCUGGUGGUCGGGCUCUGUACUGGACAGAUCAAGACUGGAGCUCCCUGUAGAUCUGAACGUCUGGCUAAAUACAACCAGCUCAUGAGGAUUGAGGAGGAGUUGGGUGACCAGGCCCGUUUCGCUGGUCACAACUUCCGGAACCCCAGCGCCCUCUGAGACCUAGGGGGCAUGGACCGCCACCGCCACUGCAUCACAGACACGCACCGCAUCAGUGGGCAGCACAGACACAGGAACAGACAGACUAGCAGGCAGACAGACUUACUGACACACAGCUGACAGCGAUAAAUAAUCACUUUCAAACCUCCUAAGCACACAUUAGAGGCCCACAAGGAUACACGCAGAUGCUUUAAGAAACAGAUUCAGAACAAUCAGCUUUAAAAAUCACUUAGAUGCUCUGAUGGUUGACUCCACGGUUUGAGCUGAUUGCAAGAAGACUUGUACAAAGAAAACAGAAACCGCGUAUGUUUUUUACGCAAACUAGCAUCCUUCUCUU